GAGGCUGCGCAAGGUUCGCUGCAUUUCCCCCCGCUCCACCUGGGAAAGGGGUGGGGCUUGUGGCGCAGUCGGCGACGUCACCCGGUGACGUCACCGGUCUCAGGUGCGGCGGUGCGCUGGAGAACAGACGUGAUGGAGGACGUUGACAUUGAGAGGGAGCCAUUUCCUGUGGACAGAGAUGGGAAACCCUGGCAGGAUAGAGGAGACCAAACGGACGUAAACAGGAAGAGAGGAUGUUGUGAGAGGUUCCAGCACUCUGUUUCCAAAUGGAUGCUUCCAGAAGAUUCCCGUAACACCUACCUGGAACGUGCCAACUGCUGCCCACCUCCUGUCUUCAUCCUUCUCAUCAGCAUUGGGGAGUUGGCAGUGUUCAUCUACUAUGCGGUGUGGAAGCCUCAGAAGCAGUGGGUCACCCUGGAUGAGGGCAUCUGGAAUAGCCCCCUCACCUACAACCCGGCACGCAGGCAGGAGGCCUGGCGCUUUGUCUCCUACAUGUUUGUCCAUGCUGGCGUGGAGCACAUCCUGGGAAACCUCGUGAUGCAGCUACUACUGGGAAUCCCUCUGGAACUGGUGCACAAAGGCUUUGAAGUGGGAAUGGUUUACCUGGCAGGUGUGCUAGCAGGCUCCCUCGCCAGCUCCAUCUUUGAUCCUCUCAGUGUGUUGGUGGGGGCCUCUGGGGGGGUCUACGCCCUGAUAGGAGGCUAUUUCAUGAACGCUGUGGUGAACUUCCGAGAGAUGAUUCCUCUGCUUGGAGUGUUUCGCAUUGUGGCCAUACUGUCUAUUGUGGGGACAGAUGUUGGUUUUGCCAUCUACAGAAGAUUUAUCCACGAUGAGGCGGCACUGAGGGUGUCCUUUGUGGCUCACAUAGCAGGAGGAGUGGCUGGAAUGACCAUCGGCUAUGUUUUCUUCAGCUCAUACAACAAGAAGCUGCUCAAAGACCCGCGCUUCUGGCUCUGUAUCGUGGGUUACAUUGUCUUUUUGCUCUUUGCUGUGCUCUUCAAUAUCUUCCUUUCAUCAGCACCAGCAUAGUGUGUUUAAAGCUGCAGUCCAUAACAUUUCUCCAUCAACAAAUCAUUAUUUUAUCCAUCUGGACCAUGCAGUCAGGCUACACAAUACAAAUUGGCAUCUUAACCAUAGAUGGAGAUACUCUCCGUUAUCUUUAAACUGCUGUUGAAAUAUUUUGGUUGGGUCACACCUGCUGGUCUAGCAGGAAACAUGUAUGUGUUGGAAACGACUCUGGCAAGAAAAGAGAUUGAAACAUGAUGCCGAUGCCCAGAUAGCAAAGAAUCUUUGGCCCAAAUGUGGCCCACAUCUGCAGUUAUCUUACGGCCCACAUUUGACCUUGAGUGACGGCGUUGACUCAGGGUGAGUGUGGCUGCCUCAACUCAGCCACAGGUCAUGAUAUUUGGGCCUCUUCUGGCCCACACAGCAUGUGCCUUAACUAAAGUCAAGCCUGGCUCAUUAAAUUUGGGCCACAUGUGGCCCACAUAGUAUGUUCUGUAACCCAAGUCAAGCCCAGUUCAUUACAUUUGGGCCAUGUCUGGCCCACGCAACACUUGCCGUAACCCAAGUCAGACCCAGUUUAUAACAUUUGGGCCACGUCUGGCCCACACAACAGUUGCCAGUACCAUAACUACGAAAAGUAAGUACCAAAAGUGCCCUAGAUUAGGCCCAAAUGUGUCUGCUAUCUGGGUGUGGUGAUGCUUCUGUCAGACAGACGAUCAGUAUAACUGUAGAACAGUGUGUCGAUGUAGUUUAAUGACGUUCAGACUGCCCACGUUAGCUUUGGACCAAGAAUCACAUUUUUACAUGGAUGCUAUUUGUUGGUGAGCUGAUGGCAACACGUUGAUCGUACUCUGAGAAAACCUGUUCUAUUUCUGUCUCCUACAUCCAAGUAUGCGGUAUAUUGAUUGACUGUCCAACAGAAUCACCACAUUGUCAUCACGUUUUAAAUAGAUAAAAUAAUGCAAAAUUUUAGGGAUUGCAGUUUUGACUGACGAGCAAGGAAAAUAAUCUGUGGACAACUUGAGUGAAAUAUACAGCAACAGCUAUAGCUGCAGCAUGUAAUAAUUACAUCAUCGCGUGCUGUUUUGCAAUCUAAUUUCAUCCAUCCAUUAAAUAAUAUUCUCAUUUUAAAGUUGGCGUUUAUGUUUCCCUUACCUCUUGCCGUCAGGAGAUUUCAAUAACGUGCAAAUGAGGGAUCGCAGGUUUAAGUCUCAAGAAGCACAACCUUUCCCAGACAGCAUCCAGAUGUGGGCCACUUCAGGCAAUGAUGCGGCACUCAUGGGUCUUCUUCUGGCCCUGACAAAAUGGAUGUGACCCUGAAGUGGCCACAUGUGGCGUUGCUAUGGCUUGGUUCUGGCCCAGAUCUGGCCAACAGGAGCGGACCGCCCAAGUGCCAUCAUUCCACGCGGUAUGUGGGCCGGAUGAAAGUGUCGGGUGUGGGACGGGUCCGGGCCACAGCAAUUUUGCUAUCUGGGUUUGAAAUUACACUCAGGAUGAUACGUUUCAGAGUAAUUUGCUUUUCAGGGAUUUUUCAGGGUUCUGGAAAUUUAUGGACAGUGUCUUUGUUUUGUUUUUGUUUUUUAAAAUCUCAUCUCUUUCUGCAGCUGAAUUAGUAAAAAUGGAAGAAGGCCCCCAGUUGUUUAUAGGUGAAACUGCAGAAAGUCAUACCUCAGCAUUUUGGCAGUAAUGUUGUUAAAAUGUGCCUUUUUAAAGAUAACUCAGAGAUUUACUUAGAUAACUUUGAACUUAAAGCAGAUUUUUUUUGUACUUCAGUGUUUAGAGUUUUAAUUUUAUAGUACAGAAUAUAAUCUCACUCAUUUUAUCUUUGUUCUGUGUGUAAAGGUAUUUAAUUUGUUUGCCUUUAGACGUUUUUGUUCACUCAUGCAAGUGAUGACUUGUACCAAAAUAAGGAAAUUACUGGUGACUUCCAUGUGGUUCACUUCCAAAGUGUUUUUCCUUGAUGAGAAUGAAUAGUGGAGACCAUUGUUAGAACCAUUGCAUGUUACUGAGAAAUGUUGUUUGCCAGUUUUUGCUGAUUAAUCACUAACAAUGACCUCCAACAAGUGGCGACUGGUGCUAAAAAUUUGGGGGGGGGCAGUUUACCUUGGUGCAGCACACCUGACAGCUGCUUUAAUGUCCACACAGUCACAGUUAUUAAGAAGGACAAUGUAGCCUAUAGGUUUUAUCAGGGUUGGUAGACGGUGGAUGAUUGACAGUCGAGAUGAGGCGUGGUGGUGGGUGUGAACAUGAUUGACAGCCACGAGAGUUGUCCAAUCACUUCAGAUCAAAAACCAUUAAAAAAAUACCAAUUCACUGCCAAUAAAAGUGGGAGUGUCUGGGGCAGCACAGAACUGCGCCCCCUGGAAAAUCUGAAGAAACCAAUCAGACAGCAGCCUCAGGUCACCUGCUCGCCACACGUUUGAGGGCUUACAUAAGGUAUGGUUUGGCCGGCGCCCCUCUCCCAGCAAGUAUAUGUAUUCAGAUAGAAAUCAACCAAAUAUCAUUUGAACCAGUAUUUAAUGCUGCUGACAGGCGCUCUCAGACUGACAACACUUUUAUUUCAUCAUUAUUUGCAUCAUACAAAUACAUUAUAUUUAACAUGUUUAAGUAGAUUUUCAACUCUUGAUAUUUGAAGGGGGCGGUGCCCCAGCGCCCUGUACUGGCCAGCCUCCAAUGUCUGUGAGAAUGUACCUUUAACGUAUGUGGUGAAAGCCACACGAAUCACCAAGAUGACACUAUAUAUUCAAGUUGCUCUUUUGCAAACUAAUGAUAGCAUGGAUGACGUGGAAGGUUUCCGCAAAGCCAGGUUCUAGCUGAAGGGGGGAAAUGGGCAACAUCAGGAAAUAGGAACACAUGUCUAAGAUAUAAGUAUUGUCCUUAAAGUGCCUUUUGUAAGUACUAUUGGCUGAGUGCCUUUCUAUUUUUUGGUCAUGUCCUGUUGACUAAUGGUGGAUUGAGUUCAUUAAGAUGUAGAACUGGAGACUCAUUUUUUGUUGCAAACAUUACUACUUGAACUUAGAAACACAAGGCUUAAAUGGUAUGACAUUUAGCUUCGGCAAUAGAAUCCAUCCUGGUUGUCAUUACAGACUGGGUACAAUACCUUUGACUCUGUUUACACCUGGUACUAACAUGUGUCUUGGGUGAUCCGAACACAAGUGGACAGCUCUAAGUACAGGCGUGAAUGCACCCAGUGCAUCUUGAGAUCCGAUCGCCCAGGCCACAUUCGGAGGUGGGUUGGGAUGCAUUUGUCCACAUCACAUUUGAAAUGUAAAUGCACAUGUGUCCCAGGCAGCAUUGAAGGACCAUCUAGUCGACUGAUGUCAGUUACUAGGUGGUCUAUAUAUAGAGCGGGGACGUGAGAUCCCAGACAGCAUCCGGAUGUGGGCCACUUCAGGCAAUGAUGCGGCACUGAUGGCCUUCUUCUGGCCCUGACAAAAUGGAUGUGAGCCUGAACUGGCCCACAUGUCUAAUAGCAAAUAUGCCAAAUCAAAUGUGGGCCUUUUUUAGCAAAGACGUGGCGCUCUGGGCAACAUGUGAUCUGGAUGUGACCCUGAAGUGGCCCGUGUGGUAAAUGGUGAAUAUGGCCCAAAUAUCACAACACAAAUAUGGGCCACCUUUGGCAAAUAUGUGGCACAUGCAGCAUUGCUAUGGCUUGGUUCUGGCCCAGAUCUGGCAAACAGGAGCGGACCGCCCAAGUGCCAUCAUUCCACGCGGUAUGUGGGCCGGAUGAAGUGUCGGGUGUGGGACGGGUCCGGGCCACAGCAGUUUUGCUAUCUGGGAUCCAAUCACAAGUGGUCACUCGACACAUGUAGAGAGAGGUGUGAGCUGGCGUACUUGUGAUCAGGUCAUCCAAGACACAUGUAAAUGCCAGGUAUAAACAGCCCCAUUAUUUCCUUACAUAUAGGUUCACUCUGUUGCUGAACAAAAGGCAACAGAAUGUAUUUAUUGGUCAUUUCAAUCAUGUUUUAUUGUAAGCUAAAUUAUUUCAUGCUGUAGAGCGACAAGCUAUUCCUAUCAUCAUCAUACAGCGUGAUGAAUUUUUUAAUGUUUGCAUUCUGUCAUUAGUUUUUUUUUUUUUUUUAAUUUGACAGCUAACAUUUGUAGCCUGGUGGUUGUUGUGCUUAGAUUUUGAUGUUGGAAAAGAAUUGUGCUACGACUGAAUUGUGCUGGGUUUUUUGAGAUUAAAGUGAAACUAUAUCACCA